GUACCAGGUAUGAGCAGACAGAGGACAAUAGCUGCCAACUUUGAUGAGCGCUUGCGUUGCCCUGCAGGCACGAGUGAGGAGGGCCGAGUGGAAGCUGCCUGUGUGGUGUGUGCUCGACGUUUUUGGGCGCAUGAGUUGAACAAGGUGCUACUCUUCACCGAUCCUGCCCAAGCAGAAGGGCUACCACAGCUCCCGGCUGGAGUGGAUGCAGCAGUCCGUCCAUCCCAGCAGCAUCGACUGUGCCGCCUGCUGGGAGUUCCACGCUAUGCUGAGCGCUGGCCGCACAUUGCUUUGGAGGAGUUGCAGAAGUCUGCCGUUGAACAUCCUUUCCUCCCAGGCGAAUAUGUGCUCUUGCACUGGCGGCGCAUGCCGGAAGAUGCACGACAGCCGUCCCCUGUUUGCCGGGACUGCCGCACCAGCCUGGCAGCCCAGGUUCUGACCUUGCCGCGCCACGCCCUGGCGAAUGACCUGUGGCUUGGCAGAGCCUUGCCAGAGCUUCGUUCCCUCUCCGCGGGGACGAAGCGGCUCUUGCCCCUGGUGCGUGUGCGCAUGCAGGUCACCGUCCUGCAGCCGGUGGUGCUUCCCCACGCCGAACGGCAGAAGGGCUUCAUCGGGAACACCAUCUUUUUGCCGCAAGCCAGUCCUUCCUCAGUCGAAGCAGUGUUGCCACCCCGCGCAGAGGACAUGGCCGAGCACAUCUUGGUCGUCUUGGUGGGCCACAACAGAGGCGACCUGCGAUCGUCGGCCACGAUGCAGGCACCUCGAGAGGAAUACGUUGCCGCUGUCGAGCGCCUCCGGCAAACUUCAAAGUACUACGCGGAGGCAGCGGUCGAUCUCAGUCGAUGGUCUGGCCAGGAGGAGACUAUGUUUGAAGGCUGUGUCCUUGAGACGGACGCAGAUAGCUAUUUGGCGAAAGAGCUCUUACAACGGGGACCGGCGGACGCUCAAGGCCAAGAGAGCAGCCAGCAGGAGGAGGACGACGCUGGCAUGGCGGAGGACACUGCGGAGUCCGGCGAGCGAGCACACGAAGACUCAGGACAGUUGCGUUUGGUCUGUGGGUUGGUAGGUCAUCUGAUUUCCAGCAUUGUCGGCCUGAAUGACACCUCGGACGAUGAGAAUCGUUGGUUGCGGGUUUGCCGAGACGUGGAGGAUCUGUGUCGUCGAAAGCCUCGACAGUAUGACACUGAUGCAGAGCUGGUCGUGCGCAAUCGGGCCAACAAUGACCUGGGUGUGGGCGCUGCGCAGAUGGAAGGAGCAAAUCUACUGGGUCGAGAAGGUGCGCACGAACGUGGAGUCCUUCGUCGCAUCCGCCAGGUCCAGACUGUGGCCGCGCAUGGGGUGGAGACAGAGCGACAAGCGCAAGGGCAAAUGUUUGAGGUCAGGCCACAGAAGUUGGUGGUGCCUUCUCGAGAUACCCCUCUGAGCAUGUUUGAGCCAGGGAACUGGGCAAUGGCUUUUCCUACGUUGUUCCCUUGGGGUGACGGGGUGCCUUUCUUGAAGAGGGAGACGAGCAUGGAAGCUUCUGAAGUGUUUCGUUAUUUGCUCCUACACGAAGAGCUCCAGUACAGCGGUGAUGCAGGUGUUGAGGAUGAGGCCUAUGUCAAGAGGAGUGGCUUCGGCCGCCACUGCUCGGUCAUAGCCUCCGUGACCUCCGAGCACCUCCUGAAGGCUAUGGCGCUGCACGGGGAGAAAGCGGACAUCCGCGAGUUGCUCCGCUCCCCGGACGUGGACGUGCCGCUCAAGCGCGCGCUGGGUAGUGUCCUGCAGGCCAGUUCCAACGUUUUGGGCACAGAAGGUCACCGGUCUCAGAUCCGUCUGCGAGGCCACGCAGCUGGGUGGCAUUACGGCCCAAGUCACAUUUUUGUGACGCCGAACUUGGCGGACUCGCGAGCUUCUCUGCUCUUGCAAUUGCAUCUGCAGGGGGGUUCGCGAGUCGAGGCCUAUGAGGUCGACCUGGCCUGGGACCUCGAGGCACCAGCACUGCCCUCGCUGAGCGCAAUGCGUCGCAUUCUAGCUGCCGACCCAGUCUCUCAAGCAAGGUUUUUUGACGUGAUGAUGACCUUGUUCUUUGAGGAGAUAUUGGGCACGUUGCCGCCGCUUACCCGCGCCAGCUUCCGAGGCGGUCUUGCCAGGGACUUCGAAGAUGGUUUCGCUGCUUCCACUCAUGCUGGUUGCUUUGGAGAUGUGGCAGCCUUUUGUGGCCCUCUUGAGACGCAAGGACGCGGUUCCAUGCACCCACAUAUUCUGGUUGUGCUUUUGGGGCGCGACUUGGGCAAUCACCUUCGCUCUGUUUUGGCCACCGCAGCGCGUGGAGAACUGGUCAUUGAGUUGGAACGCUGGAGUCGCGCCGUCCUACAAGCAGCCAGCCGUAUUCGCUACGACAGCCAGCAAGCUCUCAGUCAGCAGUUGGAACAAGAAGUCUGUCCACUACCGCUGAGCGAAAAUCAGCGUGCUGCGUGUGGAAGGCAAUACAGCGACGUGCCACUGAGGUCAACGGAGCCAGACGGCCACGAAGCGGCGACGGAGUCCAGUACACCUCUCCGACUGACCGGACGCUUCGCUUCACUACGUCCACAUUAUGUCAGGAGGAGCAAGGCCGCUGCUUUCAACGCGGCCAGUUGGUCGGGCGCCCUCUGUCGCGACUAUCGUCGCCUGGUCAUACAGAAUCACUUCCACAAGUGCACGAAGUCUUGUUUCAAGAAGACCAUCGGCGGGAACGCUGCGAAAGGCAAGCGGGGAUGUCGAUUUGGCUGCUUCCACGUCGAACUGCGCAAAGAAACGGAAGACUCUGGACUCAAGAAGGUGCGUGCGCGUUGUUUGAAGGGAUGGCCUCGAGUUCAGCGUGCGCAGUUUAUGAUUCUACCACGUGAAAAUGUUCCAUUGGAGGAAGAGGAGGCCAUGAAGAAUGAGAACCCCCAUGUCUUUCAACCUCAACGGGACCAUCCCUUCGAAAGCAUGUCGAAUCCCAUAGCUCAAGUCAGCAUGCGGUGCAACGUCGACGUGAAAUACUUGGGACGUGGCUUUUGCGACGCCGAUUUGCAGAAAUUGGCUGCCAAUGAAGAGGAUGGAGACGGACAGGGCGGAGAUGCACAGCCACCAGGCGGGGAGCGCAAAAAGAAGGACAAGAGCUUGGACGCGCGGUUGCACAGAGUUGUUGUGGAUAUGUUUCGGGACAUGCAAGAUGUGCAAUUUUAUACUGGGGAGUACGCGAGCAAGAAGUUCGAAGUGUCUCGAUCUCUGCUACCGGAACUCUUUGCCGGCGUUCAGCGUUUUGAAGCUGAAGAGGCACAGCGAGACAUGCCGAGCGGCCAUGACGCCGCAGUGGCAGAGGCGGCGCCGGUGCCCGAGGCUGCGCCGUUGCCUGCAGAAGUGGCCAGGUUGCGUGCUUUGAGUUUAUUGCGACGUCUGGCUUUUGGCAUGCAGAGAUGUGUUGCGAAGUCCAAUGGGGAGAUGGCCUACCAACUUUUGUUUCAGCAGGAGCAACUGGUCAGCUACAGUGGCUACAACAUGUUCUUUCGGUUUGUGCCAUAUGCCAUGUUUCGUUGUCGCGCUGUGGCCUUGGACGCAGCCGCCGCCAGCGCACCUCAUUUGAAAGUUCUGCCCCUGGAGCCUGUGGAGGCUGAAGAGACUGACGCAAUCCCUGCGCAAGAGGUUGCUGAGGUAUUCGACGAGGAAGAUUUGACGGAAAGUGGGAUCCCGACAGGUGGCACGAGGGUUGUGUCGCACAAUCAGAAGGAUGAUUACUUGCAUCGUGGUGCUUCAGCCGUUAUGACGUCUAUGUCUUUGGUUAUGUAUUCUCGUUACGUGCGACGAGAGUUGCGAACAGCAGACGACAAUGUUGUGGUGCCUGUGGAUUUGCGGCUUCUGGGGCAGAAUGAACCUGAGAAAUACGCUGCGUUUAUGCUGGGUUUGUCGUUGCCCUUUCCACGUUGCCCGGGUGCACAGCAUUGUGGAGAAUCUUGGCAAUGUUUUCAUUGUCAUGACAUUGAAAAGCUGGAGGGGAAAGGUUUCCUGCGAGCCUGUUUCUCCAAGACCUGGAAACAUUGGAAAGCUUGCAUGCAGGUGCGUAAGGUGAAUGCGCAGGAACGACUCUUGGCUGGCUUGAGUUUACCUUUUCUGCGUGAUUUGGUGGGCUUACGCGAGUGGUGCGAUGUGUCUUGUCUCUACGAGAUGCUUCUGGAUGGAGCAGACCCUGAGAUCUCCGAAGAGAUGCCUGCACAGGAGCCGGCAGGAGAAGAUGCAGAGGACCAGGGAAUUCUGUUUCCGGAGCACAUGUCUCAUGCGCAGCUGCAGUGGUUGGAGAGAUUCCGCCUGCACCACGAAGCACGACAGCUCAGCAGCAGCCAGAGGAGAGCUGAGCGCUUUGCUUACAUGACCAAGGAAGAGGAGGGCGAAGACGACGAUGUCGGUCCCGUGGACAUAGAAGGAUCUGAUGUGGAGAACGAUCUCGAGCACGAAGAUGCGAUAGAGCGCAUGGAUUGCGACGAACAUCCUGUGAGCCGAGAAGCUUUGAAAGAAGUACUCUUUCGUGAGAAAGACUGGAAGCGUUGCCUGGCGGGACGCGACAACCGCACGAAGUUUGCUCUGAGCAGAUUGAAGCAAGUGGUUGAGGCCAUGGGUGGCUUGCCCAAUGUGACUGUCAAUGUUGAAGGCGAGCGUCCUCUGGAUGGUGCUCUUCGUCGCGCAUGGGCCUAUGCUGAAGCACAAGACAUGUUUGACCGGCAAUCCCAGUACCUGGAGAAUCUGUCUGGAGGUGUUCCAGAUGAUGCCGAGGAGGAGUUUGUGCCUACUGGCCUGGAAGCGAUGACUGCGACGGAUCCGUUCUUGAUGGAUCUGAAUGCGCAGAAUCUGCGACCGAGGGACUAUGCCUUGAAGCUGGUGGAGGACCAAAGCUGGUGGAGAAUCACGGGGUGGAUCGAACGACUUGUGAGUGCACGCUCAACGCACAGCAGAUUCGCGCUGUGGCUCCCAUUGUUUGCACGAUCGAUGAAAUGUGGGAGAAGCGCGCCGAAGCGAGCACCUGCUUCGCCAAUGGCCAGCCCAGUGAGCGGUGCAACUGUUUAUGGCUUGGCGCGGGGGGGCUCGGGCAAAACGUGGGCAUACACCAAAGUCUUGCGACCUUUGUUCCAGCGCUUCUUUGGCUUUGGUCGCUACACUGCCGGGGCACCGACCCAUGCGGCCGCGCGGUUGUUGGGGGCAGAAGCCAGAACUCUGCGCAAACUGGCGAACAUUUCCCCCAACUCCGCACUACACCGCGGCGCCAUCCGAGGGCAGCGGAACAAAAAUGAUGCCUUGGAGCAACAGAUCCUGGCGUCAUUGGCCUGCAUCGUCGAUGAGCUGUCGAUGAGCGCAGCGGAUGUGUAUCAUGCUCUUGGCCUGCGCUUCUCGGUGAAGCGCUGUGAGGACUGGGCGCUGGACCUGAGCCGCUAUCUGCAGGAGUGGUUCGGCAAGAUGCCGAUAGGGCUACAAUUGGGCGACUUCCUACAGUUGCGCCCUGCCGCCCAAGCGAGCCUCUGCGAAUGGGUGGAAGUUCCGUCAGCGGUAGAACCAGCGCCGCUGACGGAACUUCAAGAAGCCGAAGCCCCAGAGCAGGCCAGCAACGCAGCCGAGCUGGGGCGGCUCUUGUUCAAGAACUCCAUGGGCAUUGUGGUGCACUUCACUGGAACUGGGCGUUUCUCUUCUUGUGCUUCUGGCCAAGCUUUGGUGGCCAUUUUGCAGCACAUGCGGCAAGGCGCCGCCAUGACGGACGCACUCUGGGCGCAACUCCAGAGUCGUGUCUACGAGGUCCAGCAACUGCAAGACCUCCAGACCGCGCCUUCGCGCCGGGCGUUCUUGCGGGCCUACUGGGGCGCACUUGCCUGGGAGCAGGUUGCUCGCUUGCAACAGUUGCGAGCAGUGCUUGAGGCGGAAGAUGCUGGAGAACGGCUGUACUUCGUGCAAGCCAUCGACAAACCCACCGGCGACGCCACACUGUCUUCCGCCCAGGUCAGCGCAGCUCUGCAGUGUUUGAACAUGACCAAGACUGGCUAUUUGAUUGGCAUGUGUCCGUUGUUUCUUGGGAUGGAAGUGCGCAUUUCGUGCAUCUUGCCGGAGCCCUUGCAGACGCGUGAGCUCCCGUGCAUAGUGCGACGCAUAGAACUACAUCCCAAAGAACCUCCAACGCCACCUGGAGCAGCUUGCGUGGUCCUGCAGUACCAACCGCUUGGAGUCUUGGUGGAGGUCGCAGACAGUGAUUAUGGUCAGUUUCAGGUCCCUGGCGACGACGUACCCAAGGGUCAUUUCUACGUGAGGCCUGUGUUCAAUAAGCAAUCGGCCUGGGUCUUUGAGGUACCCUUGGCCCCACAGCGAGUGCUGACUCAUUUUGGACUGCAAGGCAUCACUGCCAGAUCUG